AGUAAAAAAAUAAUUCGCGAUUCGCAAACAACAAACAUAAAGAAAAAAGAACGCACGAAUCCACCUUCUCUUUCUCUCCUUCUGUUCUUCACUCUUCUCAAACCCUAGUUUUAAGCUUCAUUGUAUAGAUGAAAUUAUGUCAAAUUAGCUGUAUUUUCGAAAUUGUUUGAAGCUCAAAUCAAACAAUUCGAUUUGGAACCUGGAUUUCCAGGUUUAGAAGUUUGCUCUUCUUGAAUUGAAUUUUUUUUUUUGGUUCCGCAACAUUAAGCUCCAUACUUUUACAGUAUUAUUGCGGAGUUUCUUAAGGUCAACAUGGGUUUUGACAACGAUUGCAUUCUAAAUAUUCAAUCACUUGCUGGAGAAUACUUCUGUCCAGUUUGUCACCUUCUUGUCUACCCGAAUGAGGCUUUGCAGGCACAGUGCACUCACCUUUACUGCAAGCCUUGCCUGACUUAUGUUGUUAGCACAACACAUGCUUGUCCCUAUGAUAACUACAGGGUGACUGAAGCGGAUUGCAAGCCACUUUUGGAGUCAAAUAAAGCAUUGGCAGACACAAUUGGGAACAUACAAGUUCAUUGCCUCUAUUACAGGACGGGAUGUGCGUGGCAAGGUUCUUUAUCUGAUUGCAUAUCUCAUUGCUCAUCAUGUUCAUAUGGCGAGUCUCCAGUUCUAUGCAACAGAUGUGGAGUUCAGAUUGUGCAUCGUCAGGUGCAGGAACAUGCACAAAACUGUCCUGGUGUGCAAUCUCAAGUACAACAACCAGGUACUGUCCAGGAUAGCACAUCUACAGCGGUAGCUGCUGCUGAUCAAAGCCAGACUACUGCUCAGACAGGAUUACCUGCUUCUCAAGCUCAAACAUCUCAAGCUCAGACAGCUCAAGCUCAGAUGGCUCAAGCUUCUGGUCCGCUUGUAUCUGGUCAAGAUGCUAACCAGGCAGCCAAUUUAGCUGCCCAGCCACAAGCUGCACAAGCCACCAUGCCUACUGCAGAACAGUGGUAUCAGCAACAGCAACAGUACCAGCAGCAAUACCAGCAAUACUAUCAGCAGUAUCCUGGUUAUGAUCCUUACCAACAGCAGUAUCAAUACUAUUACCAAUAUCAGCAAGGAGCUCAACAGUAUCCACAGCAGCCUAUGCAAGGUUAUCCUCCUCAGGCUUAUGGUCAAGCUCCCCAGGUUUCUGGUCAAGCUCAGACACAACCCCAACCUCAGGCUCAACAACAAGUGCAGCCUCAUGCUCAGCCCCAGCUACAGCAGCAGCCCCAAGCUCAAUCUCGAAUUGCACAACCUCCACUGCAAAUAAAUGCACAAUCAGCUGCCAAUGCACAGCCCCAAGUUCAGUCAGUGGGUCAGACGCAACCUCAAAUGCAGGCUCAGGGUCAAGUACCUCCAUCUCAAGCCCCCCCAUAUAAUCAAUCUCAGCCAUUACCCCAGGCUCAAACCUAUUCUCAGCAACAGCCUGUAACUCAACAGCCGAUGCAGGUGCCUCAGUAUCAGCAACCUCAUCCUCAGGGGCAGCAACCUCAUGCCCAGUCUUAUCCACCAUCGCAAACCCAAACCCAGAACUACCCCUAUCAACAUACACAAUCGCAAGUACAGCCACAGCCUCAUGCACAACCAACUAUGCAGGGGCCUGCUCACCCACCUCCUCAACAGAACCAGUCUAUGAAUCCUAGUGGCCAGCUUCAGACGCAGAAUGCUGUUACCGGAUACCAGUCGUAUCCGCAGCCACAGUCGUAUCCCCAGCCACAGCCUCAUCCGCAAGCACAGAUGGGAGCUGGGCAUCCUAUGCACGUUUCUGGUACCCAGCCACAGCCUCCAUACCCUGCCCAAAUGCAGCGGAAGUUCCCUUCACAACCUUCUCAGAUGUAUCCUCCUCAACCUUAUUCUAACACGGCAAAUCCACAGCAGCCAUCUAUGUCGUCUGCACAAGGUCAGGUUCCAAGUGGCCCUCCUGCACAGCAGGUGCCUGUUUAUUCUCAUUCUCAGCAGCCUGGAUAUCCAUUUCAGCAACGUCCUGGUGUGCAGGUAGCACAGCAAACUGCACCUCAGCAGUAUGGGCAACAACAGCUGUUCCCUGGGCAAGGUUCAUUGACACAGUCACAGCCUCCUAUAACAACUCAAGUCCAUGGCCAUGGUGCAUCUCAAACGCUGCAGCAGUCUCAGCUAAAUUAUGGACCAGGGUAUGGUGCUCAGCCUAAUAGUGCUCAAAACUAUGCAGCUAGACCAGUGGCUGCACAGGGAGCUGGAUCCCAAUCAUACGCCCAGGCUCCUGGACUUUCUGGCGCAGGUCAAGUUAGGCCUCCGCAGUUGAAUCAGACUUACCCCAUGAGAACAGACAAUCAGUUGUCUGCUGCCUCUGAACAGCAAGCUGGUCAUCCGCAACAAUCUUCUAGAGCAACAGGUGGUGAAAAGGCUCAUGAUCCGAUGCUAGAUAAAAGCAAUGUUGAUCAGAAUGGUUCUAACAAGGAGGUUAGAGAUUUCAGUGGGGCAUCUGGUGCAGGGGUUCAGGGAAAUGAAAUGAAGAUAAAAUCAGAAAAUUCCUUGGACGGUAGUGUGAAUGGAAACCAGAGUAAGGUAACUACUGGCACAGGGUCUAAGCUAUUGCAAAGUGAUGCUCAAGAAGGCAAACCAAGGACAAAGGGAGAUGCUUCUGAGGGUUUAUUAGAACCUUCACCUGGUAUUAAUGUAUCAAAAAAUGGUCCCGAGGACCAUAAAGAUGUGCAAAAGAAGGCUGAAGUACCGGACAUGAAGCAUACAGCUAAUAGUGCAGCAGGCGCAUCUGCUACAGCUCCCCAUUUACCUCAGUCACAUAUAGUCCCCCAGGUUCAUGGUUCAAAUUCAUUUCCUGCCAUUGACCAUGGAAGAAACCAGCUGCAGCCAAUGCAGUACGGGCCUUCAUCUCACAGCAGACCUGGUGCUGGGUCUAUGUCUCAAUCAAUGCCUCACCUAAACUCUCAGCAGCCUGCAUUGGGUCAUCCUCCUGGUCAAUUAAGGCCACCAGGACCUGGGCAAGCUCCUGCAAGACCGCCUUUUAAUGCAGCUGAAAAUUCCCAGCCAUCUUAUCCUAAGCAUCCUCCUGGUCAUGAAAAUGCACCUGGCAAUGCUCCAUCAGGAACUUUUGCUAGACCUGGUGAUAUGGGUUACUUUCAAGGUAAUAUGCCACCUUUCCAAGCUGGCCAACCUCAGAAUCCUUCGGGGGAAUCUUUUGUUGGACCCCCAUUUGCUGCUCAAAGGCCUGGUGCAUUUGAUUCUCAUGUUGGUGUAGGGGGGAGAGGACGUGCUGAUAUUGAGCAGCGCCCUCCAUAUCCAAUGGAGAGUGAAAAUUUUCAGGCUCAGAGGCCUGGUUAUUUUGAUGGUAGAAAACCUGAAUCUCUUUCUCAUGGAUCAAUGGAAAGAGUUCCUUAUGGGCCUGGUCAUCCUGGGAACCAGCCUGGGGCUAUGAAAUUUGGUGGUCCUUCAGCUCAUGAUUCUGUGUCUGCUCCUGGAAUGAGGGACGAAAGGGGUAAGCCGUUCCCCGAGGAGCAUUUGAAAUCAUUUCCUCACAGGAACUUUGAAGAUGAAUUUAGGAAAUUUCCGAGACCCUCUCAUUUUGAAGCUGGACCUUCAUCAAAACAUGGGACUCAGUUUCCCUCUUCUGGGCCACUUGAUCAUGAUCCUACUACGUUCGGUGGAGAUGGAAUGUCGAGGCCCUUUGACAAGGCCCCACAUGGAUUUGAUCGUGAUUCUGGAUUGAAAAUAGAUUCUGUUGCUGGUUACGGACCUUCAAGAUUCUUGCCUCCAUUGCAUCAUAAUGAUGCUGGUGAGAGGGGCCGACCGGCAGGUUUUCCUGAUGAUGACAUGGGUAGAGGGGACUUUGGUCACCGUCCUGGUCCUGGAUUUGGCCGGUCUCGGUUGGAUGGUAUGCCGCCUAGAAGUCCAGGUAGGGACUUCUCAGGCUUUCCAUCCCGUACAUUUGGAGCCUAUGGGGAUGUUGGUGGAAAUGAAUCACGACCUUUUGAAGGUUCUAGGCCCUAUAAUUUCCCAGCUGAUCCAUUUGGGAAACCAAUGCAUGAGAACAGGUUUCCGGUACCCCCUAACCACUUGCAAAGGGGUGAGCUUGAUGUUCCUGGCAAUUUGCGCCUGGGUGAGCAUUUGGUCAGUGGUCCUCGUAAUCCAGAUAUGCUGCCAGGUCAUUUACGAAGAGAACAUAUGGGUCCUAGGAAUUUGCAUAUGGGAGAAGCAACUGCUUUUGGUCCUUCUGGUGGUCUUCCACGGAUGGGAGAACCCCCCCUGCCCGGGAAUUUCCCACAGCACCUACCUUUUGGUGACUCCUUCGGAGGUGAGAAGGCAGGGCACCCUUUGAUGGGAGAGCCAGGAUUCAGGGGUAGCCCUGGUUUUCAGCGUUAUGCACGUGAAGGUGGAUUUUACCCAGAGGAGAUGGAUCCUUUUGAUAACCCAAGGAAGCGAAAAGCUGGAAGCAUUAUGUGUCGCAUUUGCAAAGUUGAGUGUGGAACUGUGGAAGGCUUGGACUUGCAUUCACAAUCAAGAGAGCACCAGAGAAAGGCUAGAGAUAUGGUCUUAAGCAUCAAACAGCAGAAUAAGAAGCAGAAGAUAUCCAAAGAUCAAGCAGCAGUUGACGGAAGAGAUGGAGGCAGGCCAAAGAAGUCCAGCUUUCAGGGCCGCGGAAAUAAGCGUUGAUUGCUUGGUGGUCAUUUUGGUUGACAAGCAAGCUAGUGGUGUUAUAGCUGACAGACCGCAAUUGUUCCUUCAAUAUUUUGCAUUUAGUGAAAUAGGUGAUGCAGCUUUCUGUGUCUCUUUCUUUUGCUGGUUGGUUUAUGCCAGUUUUGUCAUUUCAGGUGGGCUGCUAUGUUAGUGGAGAUGGUAUUUUGGGAAUGAAGUUUCAGUGGCAAUGUAUUCCACUGAACCCGUCUUUUUCGGCGUUGCUGACAAGGAAAAGGCUGAAAAGCAGAAAGGUUUAACUUGCAGUCUUCUUUAGAGUGGUAAGACAUGGAAAAGGCUGAAAAGCAGAAUGGUUUACCUUGCAGUCGCCUUAGAGUGACAAGGAGGUGCAGGAUGAUGCUUCGUUCUGUUAAAGAUUUGUGCGUAUCUCCAUAAACUGAUGUGGAUGCAGCUUCGAACCCCCUUUGUUUUUAGGUGAUGAGAGUUUCUUAAGAGGUGUAAACACUUGAAACCCAGCACUUCUUUCUGGAGAGGAGCUUGACUAUUUUCCCUCUUGGUUUCUCAAACUCCAGCAUUUCUAAUCUUACUUGCAGAUUGCUACACUCUCAUUUUCCUCAUUCUAUUUCUUGAAUUAUUUUUUUCUGCAUUUUGUUAGUAUUCUAUAAAGUGUGUUCUUUGAUGUGAAUAUUUCGUGAUGAUUUCUGUGCUUUAUGAUAGAUAUGUAUAGAUCUUUGGCUAA